AUGGCCGACACUCGCCUCCGUAAGGUGCUCAAAGACGGCGCUCCUCUCCGAAUUAUCGCGUCGCUCAAGGGUACUCCAACUUACGGACUGGCUAAGUGGAUGUUCCGGCGUCUCAAGUUCCUGACCGCUGAGUCAGACACCACGGUCUCUUCGUCAGCACAAUUCUUGGAGAAACUCAAAGGGGUAAGCAUCCAUCCAAAUAGGGUCAUGGUCUCUUUUGAUGUUACAUCCCUUUUUACUUCUAUUCCCCAGGACCUGGCGAUCAAGACAAUCGAGCUGCUUCUACAAAGCGAAUACGAUGAAACGGAGAAUCGUCUUGGACGCGCCCAAAUCCUUCAGCUCCUGAAGUUCUGUCUCAGCACGUACUUCACGUUCGACGGGACAAUCUAG